UCCAGUUUCCCGGCGUGCUUCAGGCCCGCCAAAUGGGAGGGGGAGAAGCAAGAUGGCGGCAGCCGCGAACUCCGGCUCCAGCCUCCCGCUGUUUGACUGCCCGACCUGGGCAGGUAAACCCCCUCCUGGUUUACAUCUGGAUGUAGUCAAAGGAGACAAGCUAAUUGAGAAACUGAUUAUUGAUGAGAAGAAGUAUUACUUAUUUGGGAGAAACCCUGAUUUGUGUGACUUUACCAUUGACCACCAGUCUUGCUCUCGGGUCCACGCUGCCUUGGUCUACCACAAGCAUCUGAAGAGAGUUUUCCUAAUAGAUCUCAACAGUACACACGGCACUUUCUUGGGUCACAUUCGGUUGGAGCCUCACAAGCCUCAGCAAAUUCCCAUCGAUUCCACGGUCUCAUUUGGUGCAUCCACAAGGGCAUACACUCUGCGAGAGAAGCCUCAGACAUUGCCAUCGGCUGUGAAAGGAGAUGAGAAGAUGGGUGGAGAGGAUGAUGAACUCAAGGGCUUACUGGGGCUUCCGGAGGAGGAAACAGAGCUUGAUAACCUGACGGAGUUCAACACUGCCCACAACAAGCGGAUUUCCACUCUCACCAUUGAGGAGGGGAAUCUGGACAUUCAGAGACCAAAGAGGAAGAGGAAGAACUCACGGGUGACCUUUAGUGAGGAUGAUGAGAUCAUCAACCCAGAGGAUGUGGAUCCUUCAGUUGGUCGCUUCCGGAACAUGGUGCAGACUGCCGUGGUCCCAGUCAAGAAGAAGCGGGUGGAGGGCCCUGGCUCCCUGGGCCUGGAGGAAUCAGGGAACAGGCGCAUGCAGAACUUUGCAUUCAGUGGAGGACUCUAUGGGGGCCUGCCCCCCACGCACAGUGAAGCCGGCUCCCAGCCGCACGGCAUCCACGGGACAGCACUCAUCGGUGGCUUGCCCAUGCCAUACCCGAACCUCGCUCCUGACGUGGACUUGACUCCCGUCGUGCCGUCAGCAGUGACCAUGAACCCUGCACCAAACCCUGCCGUCUAUAACCCUGAAGCUGUCAACGAGCCCAAGAAGAAAAAAUAUGCAAAAGAGGCUUGGCCGGGCAAGAAGCCCACACCUUCCUUACUGAUUUGAUAUUUUUGGAUCACUUUUUAAAACAUCAUUUACCCCAGGGAGAGACUCCAGGCCCUCAGGUUGAAUGUAGAGCUGUGGAGGUGACAGUAGCAUCGCCAGCCUUGUGGGUUCAGCAGCCUGAUUUAUAUUUACUAUCCUGCAAGUCCCAGGUAGCAGAAGAGUUGCCACGGAUUCCAGGUUAACAAGAGGGUUUAGAAUGCUUCAGUUAAGCUAAGGUUUAAAACAACUCAGAAGUUUUCCUGGGUCAGUGGUUUUGAGGUCCAGUAGUUAGGCUCUUCUCUUUUGUCCUUUCUGUUACAAUGAGAACAUUUUGAUUUUUCUUCAUCUGUGACCAGUGCCAUAGACACAGGUUGAUAGUUUUAAACUUACAGUGUUGUUUGAAGUUUACCUGUUUUUCUUGUCAAACCUGAGUACUCUACUUGCUUAAGUUUCUCAUCUGAUUCCAGAGUACUGUCCUCUACUCUCUAAGGCAUUACUUUCCUUUUCAAGUGUGUUAUGAAGGCAGUAUAAAGGAUAUGACCAGUUAGAGCAAUUUCAAUUAAAAAGGAAAAGAUUUUACUUUGAAGUAACGGAUAUCUCGAAGAGGACAUUUUCAGAUGUUGAUUUGGAGGCUCUCUCCCCCCUCGACCGAGAGCUCUCGUUGUCCAGAGCUCCAAGACUAGACCUGGCUAACAAACAUAGGAGACGAAGGUAGGACACAUUGAUGUGAGCUUUGUACAGAGAUUUGUACAUUUGUGUAAUAGGCCUUUUCACGCUUUAUGUGUAGCUUUUUACCUGUAACCUUUAUUACAUUGUAAAUUAAACGUAACUUUUGUCA